AUGGAAUAUAUUUGGGAUCUUCAACUGCGUCUGGUGGAGGGGGCAAAUUUAUGCUUUACCGAGCCACCUCUCAACACAAAUGUGCCUGAUGUCCCAUUGCAGGUCACCCACCCAGGCAAGACCAGCCUAGAUUACUACAGGAAUGACAGUGGGAUGCUAUCCCUGUAUGGAAACCUGAUGAAUGACACCAACUUCACGUGCGACAAGAGGCAGGUCAAGCAGUUCGCUCGAGCCUUCUUGCCAGUGUUUUUCUGGCUCAUCUUCUCCGUGGGCACAGUGGGGAACGCCCUGGUUGUGCUCAUGUAUUGCAAAUACCGCUUCAGGAGAAGCAUGAUGGAUCAGUACCUGGUGCACCUAGCCAUUGCGGACCUGCUUCUCCUCUUCACUCUCCCCUUCUGGGCCAAGGUUGCCUCUGAUGGCUGGAUCUUUAAGAACUUCAUGUGCAAAGUCGUCAACAGCAUGUAUAAGAUCAACUUCUACAGCUGCAGCUUGUUCCUAACCUGCAUCAGCUUUGAUAGGUACGUCACUAUUGUCCAGGUGACGAAAGUGAAAACUUCUAAGCGAAGGCGGCUCCUGCGCAGCAAACUCAUGUGCUUGGCUGUCUGGCUGACGUCCGUGAGCCUGUGUGUCCCAGAAAUCAUGUACAGCCAAAGCAUGCAGGUGGGUGACGUAUGGGUUUGCAAAAUUACAUACCCGCCAAACAUCAGUGUGAUCUUCAGAGUUACUGUCCUGGCCUUGAAAGUCACAAUCGGAUUCUUCCUCCCGCUCCUUGUCAUGGUUAUUUGUUACGCUCUUAUCAUCAACACCCUCCUGCAAGCCAAAAGAUCCCACAAGCAAAAGUCCCUGAAGAUCAUCGCCAUGAUCAUCACCGCUUUCCUUCUCUCUCAGUUCCCGUACAAUAUUGUUUUGCUGGUCAAAGCCAUCAACACCUUCACCAGGGUGGCAUACAGCUGUCAGGCUGCCGACCGGCUGGAUGUUGGGCUGCAGGUCACCCAGUGCAUCGCCUUCCUCCACAGCUGCCUCAACCCCUUCCUCUACGUCUUUGCUGGGGAGAGGUUCAGGACGGCACUGGGCACAAUGGUGCGGAGCAGUGGCUGCUGGCGGAGCAGGGGCCAAGAGCAGUGCUCCUCUGCCUGCGACAGCCAGGAGCACAGCUCAAACUGGUCCUUCGCCAUGCUGGGCAGGCGGCAGGUGAGAAGCUCGCUGAACCUCAGCACUCAUUUGACUUCAUCUGUUAUGUCCCCUCCUUGCUAA